CUGCGCCUCGGCCCGACCCUGCCCGCUGCCGGCUGCCUCGGCCCGGGCUCGCGGGUACAGCGACCGCCCAGCCCCGGAGCCGGGCAUCGGCUCGCCAGCCGCGGCGAAGCCUGCGCGGGGACUGGAGAGAGGAGAGGCCAGGGGCAGCCAAACCAGCGCGGUCCCAGCUCCGGCGACUGCCCCGGGCGCGGCAGCUGGGCGGCCUGCUCCCCUGCGGCCCGCUGGGGGGGCUUCACGGGGGUGUGUGUGUUAUUUUGCUCUUAAUUACUCGGCAGGGCAGGAUCUCCCCACCGCUGUCUCUUCCCUUCUGAUGGGGCGCCCGCGCCGGUCCCGUGGCUCGGGGUAGACUCAUCCGAAGUCAGAUUUGUGGCAUAAUUUGCAUCAUGGCUCUGGAGAUGACUUUCAUCCCGAGACGUUUCCUCUGGUUUGUCCUAGCCCAUCACUUUAUCGUGGUCACCGCGUGCCAUGACGCAGACUAUGGCCAGCUGAUCCAGGAUUACUGCCUAAACCGGUUUAAAUUUGACAUGGAGGUGAUAGGGCAGAAGCUGUGGUGUGACUGGGAUGAGACAGUAGGCUCCUACGGCGAGCUCACCAACUGCACCAUCCUGAUAGCCAAGAAACUGGAUUGCUAUUGGCCGAACCAGCUGGUGGACGAGUUCUUCAUAGCCAUUCACAAGCACUAUUUCAAAAACUGCUCCCUCUCGGGGAGGUCUCUGCGCGACCCACCUAACAACAUCCUAUGCCCGUUCCUUGUGGUCCCCAUCCUCAUCACCCUGCUCAUGACGGCGCUGGUGGUGUGGCGGAGCAAGCGGAGCGAGGGCAUUGUGUAAGCUAGCAUCCCCAGGAUCUCAGUAAAUCAAUAGAGAGACCUACCUUCCUGUGGACUAAUCCCUCUCUGUCAGACUCGGCGAGCCCUUGUGGAAUCCGCAGCACGUUGGAAGCUUUGGUGAACAGCUUUGUAACCCCAAGGCAAAAUGUGGAGAAAGAACAGUGCACACUUGACCUUUAACACUGUCCUGACUAGAGAGGUGUGCUGUACUCAUACACAUUUCCUCUGGAUAACAACCCUUUGUUCAGGCAGAGAUGACAUGCUUUGGACUAAAUGCCACUUCUCAUUACUCUCAGUAACUGCAGCACUUCUUGCAAGCCAAUUACUUGGUCAUUUUAAAAAUCAUUUAUGAGCCAAUUAAUUGAAAACGUAUAUCUAUAGGUCAAGAUUAGUAUUUAUACACUUAAUCAAUAAUCAGCCACAGGAUGGAUCUGGGGAGGCACCAUUCUGUAGACAUCUAAUUAUUAUAAUUUAUUUCUUGCAAAGUUUUUUGGCUUGAAUGCUUCUGAAGUCUAUUGUUGUUAAUUAAAGGAACCCUUGAUUA